AGAGAGAGAGAGAGACGGGCCUAACUUGUCUCACAGACAUUAAAUGUGACUAUAAGUGGAUAAAAAUUGUUUGUUUUAAUUCAUCAAAAUGGCUGUGGUGUGAGAGGAAUAAAACACUUGGGAAUGUGUGUUUGUAGGAAGAUAGUUCCCGGUGGUAACAGUAACUCUGCUUCAUCACUCUAAAGCAUCGUUGAUCUAUUUAAUAUAUGUAUUAACACGCCACGGCGUGCGUUUCUCCCUUUCUCCAAAACGCCAAACAUCGACCAGCCAAAUCGUAUUCGGAGUCUUGUCGUUAAUGACUCCGAGGUUACUGAAGAGUUCAGGGAACCGGAACUGAUUGGCUGUUCCCCUCGUAUCGAUCACGCGUGCUGUAACAGCGGGUUCGCGACGUCCGAGUUGUAAAGAGAAUAAAUAACACCGACGCGCUCGAGCAGGGGGUGGAAUGUUCGGCGAGGAGAAAGGGAUAGAAGCGUGCCGCGGUAGCGAAAUAAUCAGCGGCGUGACGGUGCGAGGCGGAGCAGAGAUCACAGGGCUACGUGGGGUUAUUCAAACCCAGGACGUUUUCCAAAAUAUGGACAACGUGGAUGACCGACGAGGUUACACACAAUAAAAGAUUAUAAAUGGAACGAAACAAGUGCAGGACGUUUUACUCGAUCGCUACAGAUUCACUCCCUUCCAAGGAAAUGAUGUCAUGACCUCCAGAACUGCUCUUUAUGGGUUUUUUAAAUAAUAAUUUCAUUAUAUUUGAAGGCAUCUUUACUCUACAGCAUUUCUGAAGACAUGUGCACAGUACUGUAAAUAUUAUAAGUAGCAAAUAUGUGAGAAAUACAUCAUGAGAAUCAGGACAGGUUCAACUUAAAAUAAUGAGGGAUAUGGUUUAUAUAUUUAAUAACCGUAUUUACACGUGUACUUUGUGUACUUGAUUAAAGGAAAUACACGGUAAUGGGUUUAAUGUUCCCAGGGUUGAACUUUCUGGCUGACGACACUGUACUGAUACUAAAGCUGCCCCUGCUGGGCCCUUGAGCAAGGCCCUUAACCCUCAGCUGCUCAGUAUAAAACGAGAUCAAACGUAAGUCGCUCUGCAUAAGGACGUCUGCCGAAAUGCCGUAAACGUGAAACGAUCAUAACGCACGUCUGUGAUUUGAAUUUGGAGUGCGUCGUAUCUGGACGGAUCCUGCAUGGGAUUUUGCGUAGGCGGCUGUUUUUCACAACCUUCCACCUGAUGGGAUUAGCAAAUGUUUAGCCCAAACAAACAAACACUGUCCUCUUCUCCCUCCCUAAACAAACGUGCACGUCUAAUCUACGUCUGCCUCGGAUCUUUUACGCGAGUUUCGAUCUUCGCCCGCUUCUUUUCGGUUUGUUUUCACAAUUCUACUUUCAGCAGAUCAAUGAUCGCGAUUAAAAAGCAUGGAAAACACAUUCGCUCCGGAGGACAGGAUCCCGGUGAGACCCCUGAACUCCUCGUGUAUUGGUCCGGUGUGUUUGUUCAGGGGAGGUUGGCCUUCGCCUGGACGAGGCUUUAAAAACAUCUGGGGGGGUAAACGGACGCCACUUGUUUUUCUUCCAAACCCAGAGCGAGUGAGAUAACCGAGGUGCUUUUAUAAGUGUCUGUCUUGAAGGGUAGACGUCGAAGGAUUUGAGCACGGGUCCUUCCGCAGGGAAGGGACAACCACGGGGGUCAUGUUCCGGGCGCUGUCGGCUCUGUGCUUGGCCUCGCUCCCGAGCCUGCUCUGGACUUCACCGCUGUUCGUGGAGAGGGACAACAUCCAGUCAACCAUCUGUAAGCUCGCACCUCUCUGGGACAUCGAUGGCUAUUCUCCCAUGAAGGAGCUGCUGGGAAACGUGGUGGUGGUAGCGCUGCUGAAAGCUAGCUGACGCUUCUGCCUCACGCAGGCUGCUAAGUUGGGAGACCUGCGUGAUAAGCUGGUACGGGGAAACCUGACCGGCGUUGCGUUUCUGAUCGUGAACGCACAGGACGCUCAUUCCAGGGCCAUGUACUGGGAGAUGAAGAGACGGACAUCGGAGGGCAUCCCCGUGUACCAGCAGAGCCCGCUGCAGAACGACGUCUGGGACACGCUGCAGGGGGACAAGGACGACUUCUUAGUUUACGACCGAUGCGGCCGUCUGACGUUUCACAUCAUGCUGCCGUUCAGUAUCCUGCACUACCCCUACGUGGAGGCGGCCAUCAGAGCCACGUACUUCCAAAACAUCUGUAACUGCACGCUGGAUUCCAACUCUACUCGGCUAACUAGCAGCAACGUGACCAGAGGAAAAUCUUUUGAGCAGAACCCAACUACAGCAGAAUCGCCUAACGUCAACAAUCAUCAUCACCAUGACCAUGACCAUGACCAUCACGUUCGCCAUGACCACAGCCAGAAUCGUCCCUCCCAAAAUCCGGUCAUCACGCAGACCACCAGCACCACGCCAGUGAAGAAACACACUCACCCUGACCCAGAACGUGGACAUCACAUGAACACGCCCUAAUCCUAACCCUUUUUCAAAUACAAGACCGACUGCUUUAACUUUGAGAACCAUGUCUUGACUCAUUCAUAUUUGAUGCUGUUUCUUUACUCUUGUACUGGAGCUACGAUGCUAAAUCAGCUAACUAGUAAUAGAAGCGUAGAGCCACCAGUUCAGCGCUGUACGAUCUGCAUGUUCAAAUCAUCACCGUGGUCUUCAUGGAGCUGUUCAGCGUCUCAAACAGAUUGGCUGGUUUGGUUCCUGAGACACUCAUAAACUUGGACAUCGCAGAGCUAAACGCGGUCGUAACUCCGCCUUGAAGGCGGAUCACGUGUGAAGUUUUGAAAUGGAACUUUUUCUGUCGCUGUAUAUGAACGAACAGUGAUAAUAAUUCGCUUUAUCGCUCUGCGUACGGACUCGUUUACUUCGUAACUAAUUCGUAGGAGCGUUUACGCGGGAAAUGUUCAUGAAAAUCCCGUUUGCGAAAACCUUCGUGUCCUACGUUCGGCUCCCGAGUUUGCGUAGAUUUAUCGGCUACAAAUCUGAGUUACCGCGAUUUUAAAUACGUAGUUUAUACGUCACGUUUCAAUCGCUUGAGUAUUUCACUUCCACGCUAAUUCCACGACCAUUCUGUGAAGCGCAUUCGUUUCGUAAUCAAGCAAAAUACCAAAAACACUUGAUUUUGCAGCGGGAUUUUUUUUUUUUUCCCCGAAAGGUUUUUUGCGAAAUCGCAAUCGCACGAAAUCGUUUCGCGCGCUCUUUCUCAGCGAUGUUUGCCGGUAAACGAGCCCUUCCGGCCGUACUCGUGUUCGACGCACGUGAAUCAAAGAGGGCUUCGGCCGAACGCGUUCGCGUGACGUCAUCACGACGCGUCUCGGCACGAAUCUUGCGGAAAAAAUCGCCAGCUACUCAGAAUAUUGCGGAGUUUCCUUGAUUUUGCGUUCAUUUCUGCGAUCGAGGGACCGCUACGAUGACUGGAAAGAAAGCGAUCCCAAACAAAUCCGCAAAAAAAAAAAGAAGACGGAUCAAACUAGCCGUCCGAAUAGGACAAAAGUAACGGCGCCCUACGAAGAGGUCGAAAAAAGUUCAUUCCGCGAAGGCUGGAAGAAUUUCGCUCGCUCUGCGCUUCUUUCACCGUUAUUUUCUCAUGUUGUGUGGGCGUGGCUAAAAUGAAAUCGGCUGUUCCGUGAAACACGAUUGGUAAAUUUGUUAAACGUACGCACGCGAGUAAGAGGAAAAUCGCCGUUACUGAAAUGUUUAUACAACACUGAACUGGUAGCUCCUUUGUUAGCAACAUUUGCCUCGCAGCUCUAAUAUAAAACUGAAAAAUAGCAUACUUAGACACCAAAAAAACCAAAACGUCUCAACUGAUUAACUAUAAUUGCGAUAAAGGAAAAUAAAUCAUAUCUUUAUUGUCAUUUCUUUUGGUUUAAUUAUUAUUUUUUUAAUUAAUCGAAGGUAGUUCCUCAGUAAGUCUUUGACCAGCUUUCAGGCGGAGAAACAUCACUGGUGGAUCGUCGUGAACAGUCGCUCCUCUUGGGUUCCUCCUCGUUGCUCUUAAUGAAGCAUGCACGUCAAACCCGGCCCGGGUGUGUGCACGCAGAUGCUGGGCCGAGGAGUAAUCACGUUGAGCGCCAGCACGCGUUCUGUCCAAGAUGGCUGCCUCUGAGAGCUAGAACGCUAAAUCAGCGUUCUUUAGCAUGUGUUCAAACAAACGAGGAACUGAAAUCAACAUGCCGGUGGUCAGUUAUGAUGUUUUAUAUGGGAUCUCGGAUUAUACGGAAUAAUCUGAAGAUGCGUUGAGGAAAGAGAUCGUAUGUGUUACAACACUAAAUCAUAUUUCUGUAUUGUUGUUUUUUGUUUAGUGUUUUUUUUUUUAAUAAUAAUAAUAAUAAUAAUAAACAAAAGACCAGGAAAAACCUUCCUACGUCGUCCAAUUUAAAAAGUCAACGCUAUAAUGUACUGAUGUAAUCAUACUGAGGUUUUUUAUUCCCCCUUAAUAAAAAAUACAUCAAAUCAA